AUGGAUAAUCCUAACCAGCUCAAUCACAAUACCCAAGCCGGGGAGGUCGCGUACCCUGAUAUUGACGAGACGAUACAUUACCCGUGGCAGGGACCCCAGCAAACGGCCCAGCCCGACCCUAUUCAUUCAGUGCUGGACCCCCGUUUGUAUAAGGAUUUGUUCCCCAGCAAUGCCUCAGAGUUACCAGGGGAAAUACCGCUCGAUGAAGAUGAGGAUGCCGAAGAAUAUGCUGAAAUUGAUGACUCUGCGGAGGAUUCUACCUAUGAGUUCUCCCCAGAAGAAAGCUCGACCGAUGAGGAGCUGACUGAUGAGGGGGAAGGCGGUGAUGAUGAUUCGUAUUCUCGUCGAAGGAGACGCCGCAGAGGCACAGGGCCCUUCUCUGGUCGUUUCGGUGCGCGCGGUGGUAAAGGAAUCAAACGUGGACCUCGCAAACCAUUAGAGCCUAGCCCCGAGUUCAAGAUACUGCACUCGGAGGCUACAUCGGCCUUUAUUGAUGGUGAUUAUGACCGUGCUAUUGAGUUGGUAAAACAGGCAAUUCAGAUCAACCCGGAGAUGUUUGCUGCCCAUUCUCUCUUGUCAGAGAUUUUGUUAGCACAGGGCCACAAAGACAAAGCAUUGACGGCUUUGUUUAGCGGUGCACAUACGCGCCCGAAAGAUCCGACGGUUUGGGCCAAAGUGGCACGGAUGAUCCUGGAGCGGGCUGGAGAGGAUCGCCAAAGCGCGCUGAACGAUGUUGUUUACUGUUAUAGCCGUGUCAUUGAUAUCAACCCAAAAAACUACAAUGUACGCUUCCAAAGAGCCGCCAUUUACCGGGAAUUAGGAUAUAACGGGCGGGCUGCGACGGAGUAUGAGCGGAUUCUCAAGGAUUUACCGCAUAAUGCUAGGGCUCUGCGACAUAUUGCGGAGAUCUAUAUUGACCUGAACGAUGUCCAGAGGGCAGUUGAUCACUGGGCAGACAGCGUGGAAUAUUUUCUAUCUCUUGACCCAGACGAAGCCCCCGAGUUUUCUUGGUCGGAUGUGAAUAUCUAUGCUGAGCUUUAUGGCUACUUAAACAAACCCGAAAAGGGGCACUGGGCCCUGAAGACACUCUCUAGGUGGCUCCUUGGCCGCAAAAAUGACACGAUGUGGGAAGACUUUGAUGAGGACGAUCGCGAAUGGGAUGCCAGUGAUUCGCCUCGGCGCAUCAAAGCUGACGGUUAUGAACCAGGACGAUGGCCACGAGACUCUUAUGGGCUGGGUCUUCCUCUAGAGCUCCGCAUUAAACUUGGCCUUUUCCGUCUGAGAAUGGGGUAUCAACAUAAGGGUGAAGCUUUGCAUCACUUCGGGUGGCUCAACCCAGACGACACAUCCGAAGGAGCUCGGCUCUAUGAUUACGGGGAUCUCUUCCGGGAGGUUGCCGACGCACUCAAGGAAGUAGGACUAUUCGACGACGCACUCCGGUUCUACAUGCCACUUCAGCAAACGGAAGAGUAUGCAGAUGUUAGUUUCUUCAUGGCAGUGGGAGAUUGCUUUCGGCAUCUGGACAAGCUCGAAGACGCCGAAAAUUGCUAUCUUACAGUCGCGGAGCAUGAUGCAAGAAAUAUAGAAUCCCGUGUACAGCUGGCGAAGUUAUAUGAGGCCAUUGGCAUGACCGAGCAGGCACUCAAGUAUGUUAACGAAGCCGUUCUACUUGGGAGGCAAGAAACCAGGGGAAAUCGGCGACGAAAGGAUACAAGGCUUGAGCAGCUAGUAAUGGAGUUUAAGUUAGCUGAAGGCGAAAUUGUGGCGCCCGGCUUGAGUUCAGCUGCACCAGAUUCUGUAGGUAAUGAUGUGACAGCACCUUCACUUACCACUAAGUCUUCAGCUGUGCUCGGUCGAAAGGACUCCGUGGAGGCCGAAAAUGAAAGGACAGAAAGCAUCCAAUUCCUCUAUACCAAACUACAACAGCUGCAGUCGAGGGUCAAGGCAGGCGAGCUCGAAGCCACAGAGGAUUGGCUAGAUAUUGCCGAUGCACUGUUGCGCGAGUUUCGGUCUAAUCGAUUUUUUUAUCCGCUACAGCGCAAUGUCAUGUUUCUUGGCUAUUCACGAGAAGCCCAGAAAAAGGCUGGAAAGACUAAGGGUCAAACGAUAAUGGAAGAGAUGCAGGAGAUGGCUGGCCGUCUCCAGGAGUCUCUAGGCACUGUCACCGAAGAACCUCUUCAAGGGGCUAUACCGACUGACUAUCAUGGCAUAUCUUUUGAUGAGUGGCUUGACCUGUUCCUCCAGUACGCCCUUGUUGUGGCAGGGCAGAGUGAACCAGAAGAAGCGUACGACUCACUUGCGGCAGCAGCAGAUGCCAGCAUUUGGUAUCAUUCCAAACCUAGCACUCGCCUGAUCCACGUUUGCUGGUUCACUUGUGCUCUUCGAGCGCAGGACGAAGAAACCCUUGCCAACGAGGCACGCUGGUUUAUCAAGGAGUAUCAGUUCGUAACCGACACGUAUCGACUUUUUUCCAUGCUGAGUCGCCUCUGUGGGGACCCCCACCGGUCUCUCUUCCAUUCGUCAGCCAAUAUGAAAUUCAUGUUGCGACAGAUCAAAGCUAUGGACUACACGAUUCCGGACGAGGCCCCGGGCUUGCGGUCGAGUAAGCCCGUGAGAGAAUCAAUUUAUCAGGAGCGUGCACGUUUAUCGACGCGUGAUGAGAACGGAGAAGUUAUUCCAGCAGAAGCUAUGGACGUUGCUCUUCUGGUACUGUACGGGCAUAUACUUUAUUCUGGUAACAGCUUUCUGCCGGCUUUGAAUUACUUCUUCCGUGCGUAUGCCUUGGACGACCAAAAUGCCACGGUGCUUCUUUCGAUCGCCCUCUGCUAUAUUCACCAUGCCCUCAAACGUCAGUCUGAAAACCGACACUUCAUGAUCAUGCAAGGACUUUCAUUUAUGGAGGAAUAUCGACGCGUGCGAGAGCGGCCAGGGAGUCUUCUACAGGAGCGACAGGAGAUGGAGUUCAAUUAUGCCCGAGUAUGGCACAUGCUCGGCCUAUCCAACUUGGCAGUAGAAGGCUACCAGCGUGUAUUAGAACUGGGGAAGCAGAUACAGGCCGAGAGUCGAGGCGCCGAGCCGGCGGUGCGAAUCACCAGGCAUGUGGAUAACGAUGUGGAUAUGAGAGAUGCGGGAUCCGACCAAGAACCUUUCGUCGAAGACUUCUCUCCUGAGGCCGCAUUUGCCCUACAAACCCUCUAUGCUCUGAGUGGGGAUUUGAAUUUGGCUAAGGAUGUGACCGCGAAUUGGUUAGUUAUCUAA